CAACGCUCCGAGAGACUCAGAGAGGGUCGAGUGUAGUUCGCAUUUAUGAUCGACUACGGUUGCUGCAUAUAAAUACGUGAAUAUAUGAGAUUCGUACCAUUCUACUGGUACACUCAACAAUUGGUAUAAUCAUAGACCUGGUGGUAGGUCUAUGGUAUAAUACUGUACGCUGGCUUUAAUCCCCUAAUAAAUCAUAACUGGACAACGCAUCUUACAUCAAGCAAGGUCGUAUACGUAUACGCCGCCGUCUAGACCAACACCGCUUCAGUGACUAUGUCUCUGCUCUGUUUUGGACUUUGAGCUUCUUUUAUUAAGUCCAUGCUUCAACAUUCACUAAACAAAGCGGUGAGACUGGAAGGGUGAUCUAUAACCAUCGUGAGACUGAGAGCGCUGUGCGAGAAGGAAAAAAAAAUAUUUGCGUUCGCCAGGUUGUCAUGUUAUUGCUUUAUCAUCACGGUUUGCUUUCAUGCAACGGCUCAGAAAGUAAACAUAACUGUCCAAAUAUCUGUUCUUGAACUAUAUCGUAACGCGUUGAAUAUCCUUCGAAGGAAGUUUGCCAUUGCCACAGGAGGAAAUGCCAUGGGGAACAUUUCAAUAAAUCGGAAGCAGCUAUCUGUACACCAUCUGCCCGUGUACAUCAUGCUCAACGGAUAAAGAAUAGAGAAAUAUAAUAUACGUCCCGUAACAAAAAUGAUAUUCAUUACAAUGGAGUGGUAUUCUCAACUGGGAUGACUGAUGGACUUUCUGAAGUAUACAUCGAAUAAAAUGAGACGUCAGAAAUGCUACACCGACGCAACGAACAUGGUGGACGAACUCAACAUGGCUAAUAGCGUAUAGCGUUGCGGAAUCGCUGUUUCAAGUCGGUAUUACAGACUACCUUUCGCUUCGCUUGUGAGCGUCGCGUAGCAACAAACUUUUGACCAAUCACAUUCGUCGGACAUCGGUGUUUUUAUCACGUGGCCAUUAUGGGAAGGUCGGUUUUCAGACUCUCUUCUCGCAGGUUGGCGAGUUUGAUAGCGGCUGGCUGCUUUAUUUAUUUCAUCAUCUCAUUCGGUCUACUUAACUCCGACCGAAAUGCGAUAAAGAACAAUCGCUGUGUUGACGAGCGUUCUGGCGUUAGACAGCAAACAACCAAUGAUAGAGAAGACGAUGUAAUGUGUAAAGAUGGGGUUUGUGAAAGACGUCCGAGCCCAGAACUGCAGUCCAAAUUCAAGUCAGGUACUUGGAAUUCUUGGUACAACUCCCCCGGGUACCAUAAACAUUACGAUGUUAACUGUUCUGGUAUCAUACACAAUAAUCAGACAAUCAUACGUCAAGCGUACGAGGUGGUCCGUGACACACAGGUGACGGUCCCUUGUGACGAAACGGUAACGAAUUGGACCAAAGAUUGCCCGUCGUACAGACGACAUCGCCGAUAUCCACUCAAAGCGCUAUCGGAGGAAGAAUUAGAUUACCCGCUCGCGUACAUUAUUACAGCGCACAAGGAAGCAGCGCAAAUCGAACGUCUGCUCCGAGUUAUUUACCAGCCACAGAAUUUUUACUGCAUUCAUGUGGAUACCAAAUCAGGACCAGCUUUUCAUCAAGCCAUCCGAAAUCUUGCUGGUUGUUUCGAUAACGUCUUUGUCGCUUCUAAACUGGAGAAUGUCCAGUACGCCGGAUUUAGCCGAGUGGUGGCCGAUAUCAACUGCAUGAGAGACCUCGUAAAGUACCAGUGGAAAUAUGUGAUCAAUCUGUGCGGUCAGGAUUUCCCGCUCAAAACCAAUCUAGAAAUUGUGAAACAGAUGAAAGCAUACCAUGGCCACAACGAUAUACCGGGUAUUUACCCGGAACAGACUCAGUGGUUUGUUGGAAGGACAAAACAUAAACAUAAGGUUAUCCGAGGUGAAGUCAUCCGAACUAAUAUUGAGAAACCCGAUCCACCUCAUAACGCUAAAAUGUAUUUUGGAAAUGCCUACUACGCAGCAACAAGGGAAUAUGUAGUACAUCUCUUAACAGAUAAGAAAGCUAAUGACAUUUUAGAGUAUCUAGCCGAUUCACUGAGCCCCGAUGAACAUUUUUGGGUUACAUUAAACCGGUUUCCGGGAGUGCCGGGUGGUUAUCCGAACUCAACCUGGGCAUCGAAUGUUCGGUUCAUCCGAUGGACGAAUUCGGAUUACUACGCACCGUGCGUUGGCAAGUAUGUACGGGCUGUAUGUGUAAUAGGAGCCGGUUAUUUGCCCUAUUUGUCGAGCCAACCGCAUAUAUUUGCGAAUAAGGUUUAUUACGAUUAUGAUCCGAUCACCAUGCAAUGUUUAGAGGCGCUCUUGGACUACAGGACGGUCUUUCCAGAUGCACUUUCAGAAUAUGUUCAUGAUUAUCCGGUUAAAAAUCUGUUUCCAUGAUUACAACCAUACUCAGACAAAUAUUCUAUGGCAUGGUUGGACCCACCAAAUGAAUGCUAUACGUACUUAAUCCGUUAUCGACAAACUAUUAUGGAUCCCUAUAACGGUGUCCCAAAAAAGUUACGUAAUGCAAUUUAAAAUGAUUCAAGAGUAAUUGCCCUCGGUGCUUUGAUCGACAAUCCAUAUGCAACACGAUCACGAAAACUUUCGAGAAAUCAAGUCAAGGGAAUAUCAAUACCCUGUUGUAUAUCCCAUAUGAAUUAUGUUAAGAUUACGUAAUACAUACGUCACUGUAUUGUUUGCACAUUUCAAUAGGUGAUAGACAAGGCUAUUGAAAUUAUCUUAGGUUGAUAUUCCCAAUUGGAUAUCUUAGAUUGAAAAAAGUGUGACUCGUAGUUUCUGGAAUAAGUAAUUUGUUCUUGCUUGCCGAGAUAUUUAGCUUUAGUACGAGGACCAGGAAGUAUUUAAAAAAAGGGGAUGGCCUUUCCUCCUUUAACAUUAAAUAUGUUAUACCUUCAGUACUCACCCC